AGGCAAUUAUUGUCGAUGAAUCACCAAUAAAACCAUUACUAACAACAAUCAGUCCAUUACGUCGAUUACGUCGAGCGAAUUCCAUGCUUAAUAGUCUUUUGUAUAUAGAAGCACAAGAAGCUGCCAAUAUGACAGCUCAAACUCACGGUGUCGGCGGCGGCGCUGUUGGCGGUGGCCUUCCAACAUUAUUAAGUAAUAGUUCUAGUCUACCAUUGAAUUCCGACAAUGAUGAUGCUGCUGAUAAUAACCAUCAUCUCUUGACUCGUGAUAUAUCACAACCUAAAGAUUCAUGUUUAUCAGUGGCAAUGUCACGUGCUGAACGUUGGCGGCGACGUCAAUUGGAAGAGGAGGCUAGUUUAAGUCAAUUCUCAACACAGCUGUCUAAUAUUCAAUCUGAUUCACCAUUACAUGAUAGAAAUGAUAUGAUGAUGAUGAUGAUGAUGUCGAAUUCAACACCGCCACGUUUAUUACGUCGUAAUUCAAAUUUACUAGCCAAUAAAAUUUCAUUUUCCAAUACUCAUCAUCCCCAACAGCAUCAUUAUGCAACAACAACAACAUCAAUACAAUUGAUGCAUAGUCCGAAACGAAUAAAAACUCCACGUAAAAGUA